AUGCUACAUGUUUUCAGAGCAGAGGGGAGGCCAUUCCAUUUCUUAGCUGCUUUGAAUGAGAAGGGCUUCCCCAUGAAGGUGCUGGUGCUGCCGGUGCCCAUGGAGAGCACAGGGGCAACGCUCUACCGCGACUCUCUCUACUACCAGCGCCGACACAGCCGCACCCUGCUCCGUUACAACCUGGUUUUCAAGAGCCUGGCGGCACGUCUGGAGCUCCCCCACGCCGACUUUCAUGGCCAGCACCCCUACUCUUGGGGCGGCUACACAGACAUCAACCUGGCGGUGGACGAGCAGGGCCAUUGGGCCAUCUACAGCCCCAGCAAGGCCAAGGGAGCCAUCGUGGCGUCCCAGCUGGACCAUGAGAGCCUGGAGGUGAAGAGGAGUUGGGAGACCAACAUCAGGAAGAACGCAGUGGCUAAUGCCUUCGUGAUCAGCGGUCGGGUCUACACAGUGGCCAGCUACACGGCCCCAGACACCACCGUCAACCACGUGUUUGGCACGGCCACCGGCCAGGGCCGAGGAAUGGCGGUGCCCUUCAAGAUCCACUACCGUUACAACAGCAUGAUGGACUACAACCACGCCCAGAGGAAGCUCUACGCCUGGGACAACUUCCACAUGAUCACCUACGACGUCAGGUUGGGGAAACCCAGCGGAAACAGACAAUAAGAGGAGGCUGGGCAAAGAUGAUGGA